ACGGAGAGGACGAGUUCUGCACCGACUCACAGAGGGAGUGUGUUCAGCAGAGAGGGAGAGCAGCCGAGAGACACACAGAGACACACUGAGACACACAGAGACACACAGAGACACACAGGGACACACAGAGACACACAGGGACACACAGAGACACACAGAGACACACAGGGACACAAAGGAACACACAGAGACACACUGAGACACACAGGGACACAAAGGGACACACUGAAGGAAGGAAAGUGGACUGGUUUGUUUCAGCUGUGAAGAAAGGACAGACAGAAGGACAGAAGGACAGACAGGUAACUCAGGUGUCUCCUCUGCCUCUCCCCUGAUGAUGGAUGACUACACUCUUCCCUUCUGGAUUUACCUGGGCGUUCUGACCGUGGUGGUCGGCGGGGUCAUGAAGAAGAUAUUGGCGUCCCACCUGAGCGCCGCCCCCCCUCUGGUAGCGUGGCUGGGGGCCACUGUGCUGGUGGAGCGUCUGUGGGCGCUGUGCCUGCCGGCAGUGUUACUGCUGGCGGUGCUCGGCCUCGCCUGCUGCCUGUACUCCAGCACCAGGACCGGCCCGCCGCCCGCCAUCCUGCCCACCCACGGCAAGGCCGUCCUCAUCACAGGAUGUGACUCUGGUUUUGGGAAUGCGUCGGCGAAGCGUCUGGACGCUCUGGGCUUUGAGGUGUUCGCCACAGUGUUGGACCUGUCGGGAGACGGAGCCAGAGAGCUGCAGAGAACCUGCUCCGCCCGUCUCACCCUCCUCCAGGUGGACAUCACCCAACCACAGCAGAUCCAACAGGCGCUGCUCGACACCAAGGCCAAGCUGGGACACAAAGGUCUGUGGGGUUUGGUGAACAACGCCGGCGUGUGUGUGAACUUCGGAGAUGCUGAGCUGUCGCUGAUGUCAAACUUCCGCGGCUGCAUGGAGGUCAACUUCUUCGGUACGCUGAGCGUCACUAGGAGCUUCCUGCCGCUGCUAAGACAGGCUAAAGGACGCAUCGUGUCCAUCUCCAGCCCUGCUGGUGACCAGCCCUUCCCCUGCCUGGCGGCAUACGGAGCGUCUAAAGCAGCUCUCAAUCUUUUCAUCAACACUCUGAGACACGAGCUGCAGCCGUGGGGUGUCCACGUCUCCACCAUCCUGCCCUCCGCCUUCAAGACAGGUCAGUCCAGUAACCACGCCUACUGGGAGCAGCAGCACAAGCAGCUGCUGCAGAAUCUGUCACCGGCGCUGCUCGAGGAGUACGGCGAGGACUACCUGAACGAGACCAAGGAGCUGUUCCACAGCCACGCCAGCCAGGCCAACCCCGACCUCAGCCCCGUCACAGACGCCAUCGUCCAGGCGCUGCUGUCCCCACAGCCACAGGUGCGCUACUUUGCGGGGCCCGGCGUCGGCCUCAUGUACUUCAUCCACAGCUUCUGCCCCUUCAGCAUCAGCAACCGCUUCCUCCAGAAACUGUUUGUGAAAAAGACUUUGAUGCCGCGCGCUCUGAGGAAGCAGUCAGGCUUUGACCUGAACCUGAGUCUCCACAACAACAACAACAACAACAACAACAAUGAGGAGAAAGUAGCGGCGAGACAGUAGGUGACAGAACCACCUGCAGAUAGAGGACCAUUUCUGUAACGCACUCAUAGAGCUGUUUCCUGUGCUUUUCUAUGUGUUGUUUUUAACUGUUGAAAGGAUCAUAGAGACGCACCAAAUGGUUUCUGUUUGUUUCUGUGUCAUCUGGCCCUGCGGCGCCCCCCUGUGGACAUUCAGGGGGCAGGGUCUGGUAGAGGUAGCAGUGCAGCCACAGGUCGAUAAGAGAACACUUCACCUCCGUCAGCGAGAUCAGCCGCUCUGACCUCACACUGACUUCAUGUGCCUUCAUCACACAGAGGACAGAGCCACAGCGGAGAUCAGCAGCUGGUUCUGACAGGCGACCAUGUAGAUGCUCUGAUGAUGUCAUCGCGUCCUCACAUCUCAACAAAGACAAGUUAUGGCAAAGAGAACAACAUUUAUCCUGGAUGUCUUAAUUUAAUUUUAGAUUAGAUCUGUCACGACCACAAAAGGGAGCAGAGGAAGAAGAAACACAUGAUGUCAAGAUGUAAACGUUUAGCAUUAGCUGUUAGCAUAACGCUAAAAACAAGGUGAUGACGUUUUUCUUGAAGGAAACAGAAAAAGUUUGAGAUCAACGACUAUAAAUCAAUAAAUACAUGACGUUAGAUUAAUUAAUCACUCAAACAGUCACGCUUAAAUUGAGAUACAAUCAGAUUAAAUCAGGAUGAAGUCAGGAUUAAGAGAGGAUAGAAUUUGGAUUAAAUGAGGUUUAAAUUGGGAUUUAAUCAGAAUAAAGUCAAGACUAAAUCUGGAUUUAAUAAAGACAAAUUUGGGAUUUAAUCCAGAUACGCUCAGGUUAAAUCUGAACUGAAGCAGGCUUAAGUCAGUAUUAAAUCAAGAUAAAGUCAGGAUAAAGUCAAGAGAAAGUCAGGAUUAAAUCAGGAUAAAGUCAGGAUUAAAUCAGGAUAAAAUCAAGAGAAAGUCAGGAUUAAAUCAGGAUAAAGUCAGGAUUAAAUCAGGAUAAAGUCAAGAGAAAGUCAGGAUUAAAUCAGGAUAAAGUCAGGAUUAAAUCAGGAUAAAGUCAAGAGAAAGUCAGGAUUAAAUCAGGAUAAAGUCAGGAUUAAAUCAGGAUAAAGUCAAGAGAAAGUCAGGAUUAAAUCAAGGUAAAAUCAGGACUAAAUCAGGGUAAAGUCCAGAUUCAACAGAAAGUCAGAAUUAAAUUAGAAGAAAUUCCAAAAUAACUCAGCAUUUUCUGCCCUUUAGCAGUUUAAAGGGUGACCAAUCAAAAUCAUUGGUAGAUUGAUUGAUAACGCCUCAUCAACUGGAUCUUUGUUGAGAUAUUUGACCAUCUUAAAAUGAGCGCUAACUCCACCCUUGUGGUGCGUCAGGAGCCUCGAAACGAGCGUGCUCAAUGAAACAUUCUGCUGUGGUGACGCCUCUGUCCGUCAGAUAUUAUACUGACAUCUCUGAUCAUACAGGAAGAUUAAUACAUUUAUAUUCAAAGGAUUUAUUAACUUCAGAGGAACAGGAACCAGAAUCAUUUCAAAAUAAAAGCUCACAUUCAGCUUUUGUUUGUUUUGUACUCAGAAAACUAAAAUCUGGUGUCUGUGUUUGAUUUUCAGAAGAGGAGGGAGUUAAUGAGCAGAGUCUCUCGUUUAUUCCUUCUGCUGCAAGUUUUUUAAAUAAAAAAUACAUUUUAGUUUUUUUUUACUCUUCAGAAUAAAGUUCUUCUGCAGAGAGCAGCACAUCAUCCAGCUGUGUUUAGUUUCUGUGUCUCUGAGUUCAUGUCGAGGAUCUCUGGAUGUUGCGUCGCCUCCUGUCGUGUUUUUAAUGACUCCCAUUAAUAAAGCAGUGAUGUUUCCAGCUGUGACGAAUCCAGAAGGUCUGUUCGCUGUGGUUCAGAUAAAUCCGUCAUAAAGACUCAACAACAACAACAGCAACAACAACAACAACAACAACAACAACAACAAUGUUAGACAGUGGAAUAUAUUUGCACAUGAUGAGUUCAGUGUGUUUCUGAGGUCUGAUUCGCCUCCUCCAACGUUAUUAAUGUUUCUGUUUGUUUUUCUUUUUGAAUCAAACUAUUUAUGGUGUCUUUUCAUGUAUCAUCACUUAAACUGUGAAUUUUAUAUUAAAACAAUGUAAAAAUGACUCAAAAAAACAACAACACACGUAUGAUGUAAAAUGUUCACUUGGUUCGUUCUUUGAUAGAAAUAAAGUCGACUUUUUCAGA